AUGAACUCCCCCGAACAACCUCCGGUUUCUGAAUCCCUGCGUUCGACCGCCAUACCUAUUGCGCGAAUCUCGCCGGACGCAGAUCGGAUCUUAGAACGCUCAAUACACGCGGUCGUUACCCUAGUAUGGCCUUACUCGUCGUCGAACAAAUCUUUCAGCCUUUUGUUAGCUGAGCCCGACUUCCGCCUCCGACGAAACAAUGGUCAAGUAAAAGUGGUCUUUCGUGGAUGUGCUGCAGAAGCGGUAGCCAAGUCUCAAGUUGGAAUCGGCGACCAUGUUUAUCUAGGCUUGGCUGGGUCAAAAUUCGUGCCCAGUGAGGCAGUAGCUCAGACGCCUGGAAAGUGUGUGCCUCUGGAUGUACAGCUUGAUGAUGGCGUGCUACUUGAGAUCUGGCGUUCGUCUCAACACUUCUCUACCGUGAAACUUGACCCUUCUACAGUUCCAACUCAGAACACAGAAGAUGCGAUUGCGCCGCCAGCUACACCGAUUGCUAAUGGACGUGUUGAGCGCAGCGAUGCGACUUCAGCUGCUACAUUCGAAGCUUGGAGAUCUCCCGCCUUCGUGGAGCGAACACGUACAUCAUUCGGUGGUCUCGUGGAUUCGGCCUAUGAUCCAUUCGCUGAAGAAGAUGGGUUCGUUCCUGGCAAAGGGCGGAAACGACCUCGUUUUAGCUUUCGAGGCGCCGAUUGGCGUGUCAUUGACGAACCCGCAAGUCCCGGAGAAAAAGAGGUACCGGCAGAUUGGACGUGGAUGUUUGAAGAAGAUGGAACUCACGAGUCCGAUAUUGGCGGAGAAGAUCAUAUAGACAGCACCACACUACCUCAAGAGAUUUCCACAGUGACCGCUACGGUGCCAAAUGCUCCAGAAGACGCCGAUACCGUCGCAAACGUCGACCAUGAAGCACUGGAUGUUGGUAUAAUGAGCACAGAACGAAUGGCCGAACAGCCAACCAGGCCAAGUCCUGAAUUUGCUCAACCACUACGUGCGCCUGAAUUUCCCCAGCACUUUGCCAGGCAGCAAUUUUCAGGUUCCGACUUCCAAUAUCCAACAGACACGCCACGCCUGUAUCCUAUUCCUUCUCCAGGACUGCCGAUUCCGUCACCACUAGUCACUAGGUCGAGUAGUGCGCAUGACUACUUUCCACCUGUUGCUUCCAAUGUGCAAACUUCCUUAGAUCAAUCCGCUGCAGAAGGAGAAGAAGUGGAGAUGACUGAAGAAGAAAACGUCGUCAUAUCUAGUGUCCAGCCUGACGUUCCCACGACGCAAGAGCUCCAACCGCUUGUUACGACCCCUCAGCAGGCCGUCGCAAGGAAUAAAUUCUUUUUGGUGUCUCAAAACGCUUCUAUCGAUUUGGAAGCCGAAGGUCAAAGGGAUAUGAAGGACACUUCAGCAGCCGACGUUAUGCCCUUCGAGGAUAGAGAACCUGCGCAACACCGCAAAGAUGUUGAGAAACGGAUAUCCAACGUUCCGCCGGUCUUUUUGGAUCAGUCGUAUGCGGAGAAGCCCGCCGAGGUCGCUAGCCGCGAUAUCAGGGACGUCGCUGAGGAAGAAUCAGAACAGAGCGGCAUCGACCAAGAAAGGGGAGAAGUCCAGGACGAAGAGAAUAAUGAAGGCAGCGAAGAUGAGUUGGAAGAACAGUCAGAAGUGGAGUUAGAAGAAGAGUCAUUUGAAGAGGAAUCAGCCGAGGAGGAAGAGGACGAAUUAGUCGAAGAGGAUGGAUAUGAGGAUGUUCAAGAACAACGAAAUCAACGACCACCUGAUUCCUUCGGAGUCAAUGACUUUCACCAAGAUAGUACAAGGCGUUAUGAAGAUUCCGAGGUCGAGGAGAUUGCGAUUGGUACGAAUAGCGCGUUGGAAGACGAUGAUGGGUCCGAUACCGGAUCUGAGGCCUUUUCGGCUGCAGAACGACAGGCUGCAGAGGAAAGGGUUCAUCCUCAUGAUUUUGAAGAGGAGAGCAGCGAAGACGUACAUGAAGGUGAUUACGAAGACGAAGGGACGUUCGAUGAAGAGGACAUCGAGGGUGGAGAUGAGCGGGUGGUGGUAUUGGAGGAAGAAGAGGAAGAGGAUGAGGAUGAGGAGGAGGAGGACGAGGAGGAAGACGAAGAAGAAUCGGAGCUUGAGGAUGAGCAAGAGGCGUACGAGGAUGACUAUGAUCGUGUAGAAUCUGAAUCCGAGUCAUAUGCAGGUGCAGAUUCUGCAGCUAGGCCGGAGAAAGUUGUUCAUCCGGAGGUCAUUGUCUUAGACAGCGACAGCGAAGACGAGGCUGUUGUCAGUGCUCCGACGCAGACUCAUACGCCAUCGGCCGAAUAUGCUGCUGCAGGUAUUGAUGUAGAGUCAUCUGCAACAUCAGCUGAAGAGGACGAGGUGUAUGACAGAAGCUCUGUCGGUUCGGAAGCAGAAGGGUGGCCCGAGGAUGAGCUGGCUGAAGAUGACCAAGCGGGGGAUGACGAAGCGGAAGAAGAGUCUAUGCAGGGUGAAAUAGCCGCGCGCGAUAAUGCUGGAGAUGAACUCAUGGAGGAUGCGCCUUCAGAGGAGGAUUUCGUCGCAGAAGAGCGAAUGGAAGUCCAGGCAGAUGCCGAAAGAUAUUCAGCUUUGGCGGAACCAGUGCAGAGCGAAGUUCAGCAGGAAGCUGAUAUUGAAAACGACUUUAUCUCCGACACACGUAACGAGGUGCUACAAGCAACUUCGGGUGUACCGCAAAGCCCAGAGGAUCAGGAAAUCGCCGAUCUUCGGGUGUCUGUCGCGCAAUCUACACAAGGACCUUACACCAAUUCUGAAUCUGGCCCGCGGGCUCAGGAUUUAGCAAUUGAUCCUGAGUUGUAUCGACUAGGAGGUACUGGCGAGGAUGAAACGCACAGUCCGGAGGCCGAUGCUCACGCUGAGCCAGGGCCGGAAAAGCCUGGUUUGGAGGAUGAGGGUAUCAGGGAGCCAUUCUCCGAUGGCGCUGCCUCCCCACAACCCGUUGACAGUUCUGCAGAACUUGCAUCUCAUGUCCAGGAGCCUUCACCCCAAGCUCCACAAUUGGUCACUCCGGAUGCUUCACAAUUGACUGCGCCUAGUCAUCAUCUUCCUACCGCCAUUCCAAUCGGUGACUUUCUACCGACACCCGAACAGACACAGGAGGUAGCCCAAGGUCUCAGUACCCAAUACGACGGUCAUGCCGAUGCUCUGGCGCAAACGGUGUUGCACAUAUCCACCACGUCCGUAGAGACUGAUGUAUCAUCAACAAACGAGUAUAAUGUGCGAAUGAGUUCGACCCUGGCCGAACAGCAACGGCAGACGCAGACCGAUGGCGUAUCUGUUCAUGAUGAAGAGUAUGCGAUCUCUUCCGUUGGAGACGAACUCCCAAGUGGAGUUCAUGAUUGGGGGGUUUCAGCACAGUCAUUGGAACGAAUGCCGUCGGUUGUAAAUCGUCACCAUCCCGGUUUGCGAAGCAAAUAUUCUUACUUCGCUCCUCUUGCUACGCUUAUCGACCAUUACAAUUCGCUGAUAGAUACGAUCUCUGUUGUGUCCGAGGUUUCUCCAACCAGUCGGGCCACUACAGGAAAGAAGGACUUUACAUUGGCACUCCAGGUUACUGACCCAUCGAUGGCAGGCACUAUCGUUCAUGCACAAAUUUUUCGCCCUUACAAAUCUGCACUUCCUUCUGUCAAAGAAGGCGACGCCAUAUUGCUUCGCAACUUCCAGGUCAAAAGCUUCAAUCACUCUAUAAUGCUUGUCAGCGUCGACACUAGCGCAUGGGCUGUUUUCCACAACGCCAGCAAAGAAGCGCAAGUUACCGGCCCUCCGGUCGAAUACGGCGAUGAGGAAAGUGCAUACGCCACUGACUUACGGCAAUGGUACCAUGAAGUUGGCAUUGCCAUGGUAGCGGAUUACCAGCUUCAGGCAUCGGUACAGACGGCUAGCAGAGAGGCAACGCCUGUCAGUAGUGUUGCGCACAGUGACGCGGGUAGCGUUGACUCGGCAUCUCGAGAAGUACGCGGGGAAUCAUCUGUUUCUAACAGAGGCUCGAAACGGAGGAAAUCCCACCGGAGGAUAACAAUUCACGAAUUGAGGGACGGAAGAAGGUAUGCCGAGGUCGGAUCGCCGUCCGACAAAGAAAGUAUACAUGAACUCAGAGAUGGGACGCUAUAUGCGAAUCUCUGA